AUGGCAAAUUUCGGAAGUGAAGGGCAGGACCAUGAAAUGCUGUUACCCCCUUCCUGCUCUCCAACAAUGCCCAACAUCCAAGAGGAGGGACACGAACCACAGGAGCAUCCCGCUGUAGCCCAGGGCAAAGACAUUGUCAUCCAUUUAACUUCUCCAGCGAGGUGUGGAGACUGGGAGAGUUCAGAAGGCAAGGGACUGAGCUGCUCGAUGUCUACGGAGGACAAUGGAAUAACCACGACAGAGGGGAAUGAAGGGACAGCAGAAGAAAGUGUUCGCAAUGGUGAGGAACACGUGAAUGUGCCGGCUUCAUCCCUCCCGUCUUCUCCUUCGAUUCCCGGAUUAUUAGGCGAAUUCCUUUUUCCAACCGUAACCUCCCCUCUGGCAUCCUCAGUGAACGCCUGUGGCUCUUCUGAAGUGAUGCCUUUGAUCAGCCUCGUCAAAUCCCUGUCCACGGAAAUCGAGUCCAAAGAGAUGUCUUCUCUGAGGCCGAAGCCUUUGCUGAACCUGGUCAAGUCCAUCUCCACCGAAAUUUCACGGCACGAGCCAGAGGUCACACAGUCAAAGUCGGACUCAAAGCUGAACCUGUAUCUCUGGCGGCAGUUAACCCAGCCCAAGGGGAGAAAUGGAGAUUCCAAGACCGCACCACCAUCGCCACUGCUUUCACCCACCGAAAGCAAGAUCAGUUUCUUCAAGGUGCCUGAAGUUGAAGCCAAGCUUGAAGACACCAAAAGAAAGUUCUCCGAGGCUAUCCAGGAGCCAUUGAACAUGCUAAGCAAGAUAAUUGGAGAUGAAAGUAGUGGAAGCCCCAAAUCUAAAGCAUCACAGUCAAACACCAGUGGCAUAGGCUCCGUCUGUAUCCCUAAUGCUGAAGACUGCAGCAAUGAUCCCUGUAGCAAGAAUAAAAGGCCUGGCUUUGAUAAGUUCAGAAUAGAGAUGCUUAAAUCCGAAAAGCGAGAGGCCGGUAGGCCACUUCAUGCCGAGGUGUCUUCCCGACAUGCGAAAGGAAAACAGAGGAAACAAUGUCUGCCCUUUCCACAGGGUUAUGGGGACACCAGUAGCCCGAGGUACGAGAUCUGUUCAGAUGGAGAUGUGCUCCAGGUCGUAGAAGCAGAGCCCAGUGAGGACAGUGUGUGGUGUGGACAUGAUGCCACGUGCCCCUACUCCAGUCGGGCCUUGACCCCACUCCAACCUUCUCAAAAAGUGCCAAGUAAAACUCUAAUGUGUUUUGUCACCCUGGCCUACGGCUACUUUGUAUUACCACUGCCAUCGUUCCUGUCUGGCCUCUGCAUCGGACUUGCCUGUGGAUUUAUGAUGGGCCUAGUCAUCAUUUCACUGCAGACACCAAGGCUUCCACAACCCAACCGUGUAAUCCUGCUGGGUAACGAACCUCCGCAGUCGGAGAACAUAGUUAGGGAACCCAAGGAUUCCGAGACUGUCAAGGGCUGGAUGAAUGAAAUCUAUAACUAUGAUCCUGAGACCUACCAUCCAUCACUGACCUUCUCAGUCUAUGUGACACUAGAGGGGACAGCACUGAGACUCUCCUACCCGAGGAGCAACAUCCCUCGGCGUGCAACCUUCAACGAAGGCAAGCAUGACAUGGUGUUCAUCAGCCAUCGCUCCUGCGACCUAGCAGACAGCAAGAUAUUUCUUGUCCCACCAGGCCUGGCAAAGAAAAGAAUGUGGAAUAAGAAGUACCCCAUCUGUAUUUUCCUCAGAGAGGCUGGACCCUACAAACACAAAUGUUCUGGAGACAGAGAGGUGAAGGCAGACGGGGACACUGAAGAGCAAAGGGAGAGGUCAGAAAGUGCACCAACAUCAGAGGGUCUCCUGAGACACUCUGCAGAAGGCGGGGAGAAUACACUCUUCCUCUUUGGAAGGACGGGAAGGGAAAAAGAAGAAUGGUUCCGAUAUUUCCUGUUGGCUUCCAGGAUGCAGUCAGAGGACAAGCAGAGCCUCAGCAGAGAUGGUGGAAAAGCUGAUAUCACCCAGAAUCCUGGCACCAGCCCUGUGGGGAGAUUGGCUUACAGCAAUGACAGCAGCGGAGGCAGUGCAGAAGAUCUCCCUUCCCUUUUCAAAACCAAAGACUUGGCAGGAAACAUCAGGCAAAAGAUUCAGCUGGACUAUAGCAGAUACAUGGCGAAGUUCACUGCCUCAGACAACAGCAGCCCUUGGCUAAGCCCUGAUCAUAGUACCACCAACAGUCCCACCAAGGGCCAGAAAGAAUUGCCUAGUUCAAACACCAACAAACAACAGCCCCAGGUGUCCUGGAUAAAUGCAUUGGUUGGGAGAAUCUUCUGGGACUUCCUACGGGAAAAGUACUGGGCCGAUCAAGUUGCUCGGAAAGUUCAGAAGAAGCUAAGCAAGAUCAGGCUGCCAUAUUUCAUGAAUGAGCUGACCCUUACAGAGUUGGACAUGGGGACAUUGCUACCUGUGGUCACCCACUCUUCAAGCCCAUCUGUCAACCAAAAAGGCCUAUGGGUGGAUCUGGAAAUUGGAUACCACGGGGCAUUGCAGAUGACACUGGAAACCAAAAUGAACCUGUGCAAGUUGGGGAAGGAGUCGAUGCCAGAGGGGGUCAGACUGACUGACAUGAGAACAGACCGGCAUAAUCCCCGGACAUUGGUGCUGGUGGACAGUGAUGAGGAAUCUUCAAGUGCUGGGUCUUCAGAUGAAGAGGACGUGCCUUCAGCAGAACCACAAGGUGUCGAGAAACUCGGUCCGCCUGGUGCAGAGGGGUUUGCAGCAGGGAGCAGCACCAGCAGAAAGAUCCUUCGCUUUGUGGAUAAGAUUGCCAAAUCGAAAUACUUUCAAAAAGCCACAGAGAAUGAAUUCAUCAAGAAGAAAAUAGAGGAGAUGUCGAACACUCCACUUCUCCUGACUGUUGAGGUUCAGGAGCUGGCAGGAGCGCUGGCUGUCAACAUUCCACCACCCCCUACCGAUCGUAUAUGGUACAGCUUCCGAACUCCACCCCGACUGGAAUUUAAGGUACGGCCCAAGCUGGGCGAGCGGGAAGUCACCUUCACACAUGUGACUGAGUGGAUUGAGAAGAAAUUACAGCAUGAAUUCCAGAAAGUCUUCGUGAUGCCAAACAUGGACGACAUCUAUAUUCCCAUCAUGCACUCUGGCCUUGAGAAACCAGAUCGGUCCAAGCAAACUCCAGAGGAACUCCCCACCAAAGUCUCCUUUGAUUCUACAGACAGGUUCUAA